ACACCCAUGGAGUUUAAAAAGGAAUGAAGCUAGUUGUCAAAUUAUACGGAAGAGCGGGCGUAUCUCUAUCAGAAAAGUAACGGCUAUUCUAUGCGCGCGCUUACCGUCCGUCGAGGCGCGUACCGGAGGGAGUGGGCUAUUGAUUGCUUUAAAUCAACCUCGUCUUCCUUUCUUCGCUCCAAAACCUUCGUUUUGUCUUCUCCGUCUAAGCCUGGAGAAUUUGUAAAUUAUGACUUUGUCACAAGAAAAAAUUUUAGAGCUAUUCAUUUUUAAAGUUUUACGAGUAAUUUUUAUUAGAAAGAUCGUAAAUUUAGGUGUAUAUAGAAUUUUUAUGAUCGGAGGUUUCGGUCUGAUCGAAUUUUCUUUUUGUUAAUACCGCUUUCUUUUUAUCUUUUGGUGAAAAUUGAGGAGUUUUCGGCGCAGUCGGUGAGGAUAGAUUCCGUGGAUUGGUUUGCUUCUUCUUUGGAUUUUUCCAAGAAUUUCGAUAGUAGGCAAUGAGAUUGGAGAUCUUCCGACGUUGACCAAUUUAUUUUGGAAGAAGAGGAGCUCAUAGGAGAGAAGCGAGAGGGAAUAGGGUUAGGGUUGUUAGGAUUUGGUUCCAUUUUUCUAUCUGUGGGGUUUUUGAGGUUUGGGGAUCGGGAUGGGAGUGGAUUACUACAACAUCUUGAAGGUGAACCGGCACGCGACCGAUGAGGAUCUGAAGAAAGCGUACCGGAAAUUGGCGAUGACGUGGCACCCCGACAAGAAUCCGACCAACAAGAAGGAAGCUGAGGCUAAAUUUAAACAGAUCUCCGAAGCCUAUGAGGUCUUAAGCGAUCCUCAAAAAAGGGCAAUCUACGAUCAGCAUGGAGAAGAGGGCUUGAAGGGCAUGCCCCCUCCUGGUUCUGCAGGUGGAGCUGCUAAUGGUCCUGGUGACUUCCAGUUCAAUCCCCGGAAUGCAGAAGAUAUAUUUGCUGAAUUCUUUGGGAGUAGCCCAUUCAGUUUUGGGUCCAUGGGGCGUGCAAAGUCCAUGAGGUUUCAAUCAGAAGGCCCUGGCCUCUUUGGAGGUUUCGGUGGGCCAGAAAGUGUCUUCCGGUCAUACUCUGACGGUGUCGGAGUUGGCGGGGGAGGUCAGGCUCGGAAAGCGCUGGCUGUGGAGAGCAAGUUGACGUGCAGUCUUGAAGAGCUUUACAGUGGGUCGACAAGGAAGAUGAAGAUAUCACGGAAUGUCAUGGAUGUGAAUGGCGUCUUGAAAAACUUGCAGACGAAUGGUACCAGAAUCAGAAAUACUAACUAUUGAUGUGAAGCCUGGGUGGAAGAAGGGGACCAAGAUCACAUUCCCUUGCAAGGGAAACCAGCAGUUCAACCAACUUCCUGCAGAUCUUGUUUUUGUCAUCGAUGAGAAGCCCCAUGAGGUGUACAAGAGGGAUGGCAAUGACCUGGUGAUUAACCAGAAGAUUUCAUUGGCAGAGGCACUUGCAGGGACCACCAUAAACCUCACCACACUGGACAGCCGUUGCCUGUCAAUCCCAGUAACUGAUGUUGUCAGCCCAGGCUAUGAGCUUGUGAUAGCAAAAGAGGGGAUGCCGAUCGCUAAGGAGCCAGGAAGGAAGGGGAACUUGAAGAUCAAGUUUGAUGUGAAAUUCCCAUUGAGGCUGACAGCUGAGCAACGGGCAAGCAUACAACGCGUUUUGGGAGAUUAACUUGACAACAGAUGGAAAUCUGUAUCUCAUCUCAUCUCAUCUAUGACAAGUUGUUUUUCUGAAUACUUUCGAUAUUGUAUUUGUUUCUUCUCUGUUUGAUCUGAUCAUUCAUCUGUAUUGUUUCCAAGUGUAAAGUGGUGGUGAUUAACCAUCUAAUCUAUUUACUGAAAAUAUCGGCAUUCUGGAUUCUAAUUUGUUGAA